CAUGGGAAAGAUUUUUUCGGCCUACUUUCAUUUUCAAUUAGAGGGCGGCGCUUCCAACAUAUAUAUGUGUAAGAGAUCUAAUGCUGAAUGUAUGGAGUACUGACAAGGCACCCUUCCAGGAGAAAUCAGCAGUCUUUGAAGAUCUUAUCACUAAGCUGGAAAAAUGUGUAGCAGAAACUGUGACAUUGAGGCAUGAUGUUCAGGCCAAUCAGGACUGUCACUUGGGUGAGGUUGAUAGAGCAUACAACAGAGGCCUGGAAGCUUUGGAAUCUUGGAAGCGGAAAGAAGUGAAGGAUGUAGAAGAGCGACACAGCAAGUGGUUCAGUGUAUGUGAUGAAGGCACCAAACAUCUUCAAAUCAAAAUUGAGGAAGGGAAAACACUGGUUGCCAGGGCAACUCAGAUUUUGUCAACUCCAAAGGCUGUAUUUGUUCGGGUAGGGAUUGAUUGUUACCUUAAAGACCACUAUAUUCGUCAAUUGUUAGUUUCUUGA